AUGGGGUCCGCAGCAUCCACUGAUGUCAAGAACGAGAUCCAGGCCAAGUCUGUGGAUGAGAUUGCGGCAGCACUGAAGGAGCUGCCGGCUGAUCAGCUUGCAAAGGUGAAGGAUGCCUUGUCUUCAGGUGACGCUGCUGCCAAAGGCCCAUGCCCUGGCCCUGUGGACACGAGCAAGAUCACUGUUGUUGCCAAGGACUACAAGGGCUUGCUGGCACAGCCGGCCGAGCCGAAGUUCAAGGGUGCGCUUGCCCAGAUAUUUGUGCGAAGCCAGCCCUAUGGAGGUUCUGACAAGAGCAACAACGGUCACCGUUACGAUUCCAUGGCAUUUGCCAACGGCAUGAUCUCAAGUGGCAUGAGUUGCCAGCUGAUCCACUAUACGCACGAAGAGCACGACGUGUUUUUCGAGAUGUGCAAGGCCUUCAACUUCAUCAUUGUCCGCUGCAAUCCAGGUCAGAUUAAGGCAGAUGGCGGGGACCAGCAGAAGUUUGAUGAUGGCAUGCGUGAGCUUCGCAAGGCCGGCAUCCAGGUGUGGCCCUCUCCGGAUGUGAUGGAGAAGAUGGGUGCCAAGGAUGCCCUUUGCAAGGUGGCAACGCUGAAUAUCGGCUUGGAGGAUACCCUGGCAUAUUACAGCCCUGAAGACUUCGCUGCCGGAUUCAAGAAGACCAUGGCAUUCCAGCCACGUGUGAUCAAGCAGAAUCGCGGUUCCUCCGGCGAGGGAAUUUGGAUCAUCAAGCUCGCAGAGGGCAACUACUGCAAGGAGUACGGCGAGCGAUCCUGCGAGGAUGGCGAAGUGCUGAAGCUCAUGGAGGCCAACGACAACCAUGAAGAGACGCACACCGUUGCCGAGUUCAUCGAGUUCUGCGUGAGUGGUCGCACCGAUAAGUCGGGUGAGUGGACGUCCAAGGGCGUGGGCAAAUACUUGGAGGGUGGCAAGGCUGCGGGUGGCCAGCUUGUGGAUCAGCGCUUCUGCCCACGAAUUGUGGAAGGCGAGUUGCGCUACAACCUGAUUGUGGACGCACUUGUGGGUAUUAUCCACAAGAAGCCCAAGGAGGGUGGUAUCUCUGCCGUGGGUGGAACCGGCUCCAUCUACACCUACUACGGCCCGGAGGAGGCGACCUUCAAGACCCUCACUGACAACUUCCUGCAAAAGGACCUGCCGAAGGUGAUGCCAUCCCUGGAGCUGGCGGAGGAGCCCGUGCCUUUGUGGUGGACCACGGACUUCAUCCUGGCCUCCCCCGAGGGAACUCCCAAGGAGGAGGAGAAGUGGAUCGUCGGUGAGUUCAACUGCUCCUGCGUUGGAGUGUCCCGCUGCCUUGCAGCAUACUGCAAGGAUGAUACCCCCAACGCUUGCUGGGAUGAUAUUGCAGAGGAAGACAAGGCUGAGGCCAAGAAGUAUGGCGACCUCAUGGGCGAGAAGGCAUUGGGAAUCCUGUCAAAGUGA